UCCCGAUCUCGCCGCCGACGUCGCCGCUGUCACCGCGCUGCUGCACCCUUUUGCCGCCACGGCAGCGUAUCUCAUCGCGAGCAUGAAAAUUCCGCCUCUCUCAUGACCCAGCAUUGUGAGCGCACAUGUGGACGAGGAUAAAUCACCUUAGCGAGAGGGAUGUCUGAGAGCGACGGAGAGCAUGCAGCUCGCUCGGUGGCCUUAGAGCAAGCCUACGUCCACGAAGUAUACGAGCAAUGCGCCGAGAAGACCACGCAAAGUAAACACUGGCCACGAGUAUAUCAGUUUCUUCAAGAACUCGAACCGGGUGCCCUCGUCUGCGACAUCGGUUGCGGCAACGGAAAAUAUCUCAGCGUAAAUCACAGCAUCUUCAAGAUAGGGGUGGACCGAUGCAAGCGCUUCACCGACAUCGCGCGCGAGAAAGAAAAUGAGGUUCUAAUCUGCGAUAAUUUGGCUCUACCAUUCCGAGAAGAAAGUUUCGAUGCGGUACUGUCGAUCGCCGUGGUGCAUCAUUUCGCCACAACUGAGAGGAGAGUACAUGCGUUGAAAGAAUUAGCGCGAGUCCUAAGAAUCGGAGGUCGACUCGUCAUAUCCGUCUGGGCUAUGGAACAAAAGCAUAGAAAGUUUGAGUCGCAAGAUGUUUUAAUACCAUGGCCCAAAUCGCAAUGCAUGAGCGCAGCGUCAGAUGGGACGAAGCAUUCGGGUGCAUCAGACGGUAAUAACGAGAAGCGAGAUGAUGACACCGCACAGAAAUAUCCGUCAUUCUCCAAGAGAAAUAGCCAACGAAAAUGUAAAAGCAAGAGUUAUUGGAUCGAUCCGAUAUUCAGCUUAUCACCAUCCACCAGUAGCCUCUCUAGCCCGAAUGAGACUUGUUAUAGUUGCUUCCGGCGAGCGUUGCAGAAAUUAGCAAGGAGUAGACGUGGAGGUGGCGGUCGUGCAUGGUUUCCUGGAAGUUGGCAGAGCGGUACCAAGAGUCGACGGCACUAUGAUGCUGAAGACACAACUGACGUAGACGAACUGCCGAUCGAAUUGCGCCGCGUAGAGACCACGCAUACGCUGAUGAUGACGAACAAGCAUUCCACGGACACGUUAAGCAUCAAAUCCAAAAGCUUGGGUGAUAUUCUGGAGAUUGAGCGACUCGAUUUGGUACGUUCCCGAUCCAGUAUCCCGGGUUUCUACUCGACGUCCGAAUUGAUCCUAGACGAGCGAUCGGUCUCGUCGUCGUCAAGCGGCUCAAAGCCGCGACUGGUGAAACAAAAGUCGUACGUGGAGGAGAUCGGUUUGGAGAAUCCCGAAGACACUGCCAUUGAAAACCUGAUCAAGGACCUCCCGGAUUUCUCCUGCCAAUCGUUGCGCAAGCGCAACGUGCCGUUGAAACAGAGCUCGAUGAACGAGGAGCUGAUGUCGACGGAGCGGCUGGAGGAAAAGGAACGAGUGCGCCGGAACAUCAUGAAACAGGCGUCGUUGAACGAGGAACUCAUCUGCAAGUGGCGAACAUUCGAGGCGCUCAAGGAUUCGAUCAGUCCGGUGAGCGCGAGUCGGCGCUUCCAACUGCUAAAGGAUGGGCUGACCAGCAAGAUCAAACGCUCCACAACGAACAUCGAGAAGGUCUCCAGUAUGUCGAUUAAGAACGGUUUCGUUCGAAUGCUGCAGGGAUGGAAAUCCUGCGACAGCGAGUCGACGUCCGCCGCGACGGCAGAAGCGACGACGAAGCUGAAACCAGCGGACAACAAGGUGCAACCGGUAACCGUGGUGAAACGUAGCAUCGAGGGCGUCGAACGUCGUCUGUCGCGCGAAGAUGGCUCGGAUUCGUCGAAAGAUAGCAGUCUGCAGAGCGAUACCAGCGUGGAUUCCGAGGACAGCUUUGCAUCUGUGAUUUAUGUGCCGAAACAGGACGUCGCCGUCCCGACACCGCCGGCAUCGUCCUCGAUCAACGAGGUUCCUUCUGCGCCGCGACCGGCGGCGUUGCAGCUGGGCACGACGUCGGCACCGUCGUCGCCGCGCGUAAAACAGUCGUUGGACAGUCAAUCAUCCAGAUUCAAAGUGAUCGGCGUGUCGCCACUGUUGAAACAGCAGCCAAGUGUCACGAGUACGAGCACAAGUACGAGUACGAGCACAAGUACGAGUAUGAGUACGAGUACGAGUGCGAAUACGAAUCACCUUGGCGAUACGAUAAAGCCUAGUGUGCCAAUUGUCAUUUGUAAGGAAGCGCUCGAUAACACGUUACAGGUACCAGCGUCAGAAGGAUCGGGUCUGAUAUCGGAACUGUUGGAACCGGAUAUAGAACCAGAUACUACGUCAUUGAUACGUGCUUUCAAUGAUGUCACCAAGACGGCUAAUCGCGAGCCGACCAUGAACGAAGAUGAUAGUCGAAAGGCCAGGCUGAACCAAAUCAAGGAGCUGCUCAUAGCGAAACCGGGCUUCGCGACACGUGCCAGAUCAUCGUUUCCGUUGGUUCGGCGUGCCUCCACGGCGGCAUCAGGUCGUUUCGAGACAGUCACGAGGAUUCUGCCGCGUCUGCUGUCCUUAGAACUGUUCAAUCCGGAAACCGAUGACUUGGAUAGCGAUUCCAGCGGCGUCUCAUCGCCGGAAUCGGUCGGCUCGGUGAUCAGCGUUACGUCGGAUGAACGCUACAUCGCGAGAAGGGAGGCUGAAGAGAGGAAAAAUGCGCAGACAGAUGAGAGUCUUUCCAAGUCGAACGAGGACGACGCAUCGAAGAAGACAAAGGAAACGGAAAGUAGUAUACGCGACGAUGAAUCUUUGAGUAUUGGAACAACAUCACUCGAGGAUUCGACUACACCUCUGGAUCCUUCGCACGACGACUCGUCCGCGGAUUUCGAAGACGAACCGCCCAUAAAAACCGGGCUGACGCACGAUGACACUUCUCAAGAUAAUUUAGGGCCUGACACGAUUUAUCCUACUUCGCACAUUCUUUUGGAAAGCGAAAAGUCCAUUUCCUCACAGUCUAUGAGGCUUCUGGAAGCCGCUGCCAAUGUGGCGAGCUCGCUCGAAGAUGCCGUAGAGACGGCGAUUCAACACAACGCCCAAGUAGAACAAUUAUCGCAAUACUCUCAAGUCGCUCAACGGCGGAAUAACGACGCGGUCUGGUCGCAGUCGAGCACGCGAACGUAUUUGAGGCAGGAUUGUAAAUCCGCUUUGAUGGAUUUGGGCGACUAUACCAACGAAUCGAGUAGCGAUCUCAUACGAGAUAUCAGUCGGUACUGCCAGAACUCGUCAUUCGAUUUUCUCGAUGUUUGCCAGAUGUCGAGGACCGCGCCAUCGUUGAAUGUCACGGAAAAUAACUUGGACGUGGUAUCGGAUGCCACGGCUUGCUGGGACGGAUGCGAUCAAGUGCCCAAGGAGACCUCGUGGAUCGUAAACGAAGCCUACGACGGAAGUGGACAUGACAAAUUCGCCAAUGUGGUCCAAUCCAAACUGACACCCAAAUCCAAAUCGCUCUACGAGGACCGUGCCGUCUUUGAGUCCGAACUUGAUCGUAAAUUUACAUGCGAUCCUAAGUAUAAUAAAGUUGAGCUCGACGUUGAGCCUCAAACGAAAUUCAUAUCCAAGUACGAUGAAAUGUUUAGAUUCAAUCACGAAUCCGAAGAGAAAUCAAAAACUGAGGCCGGUCUGGUAUCUAGAUUCAAUCCUAAGUCCGACAGUGAUCUCACAGGUGGUAUCAAAACCUCGUUUAUCAAUCCCGAAAGCACGUUCAGUCUCCAGACCGGAACGGAAUCCAAAUCCAAGGUCGAUCGGAAACAGCGUCGUUCCGUUGACGCUUCGUCGUUAUUGCGCAGCAACUCGGUGGACGACACGCUGGACUUCGUGAUGGUGUCAAAGACGGGCGAGUUUGAGUGCGAGACGGUGGAGGGUUCAAGGCCGGUUGGCAAGUGGCAUUCGACCCAGAGCGGAUUAUCGAUGGACUCGAGCGACGUGGGCGACUCUCUGAUCGAGAAUACAACGACGAGCCUGAGUGACGGCAGCCAGGCGGAGUCGACGGCGAGACUGUUCACCGGCAGCACGAUGUCGUUGGUAUCGAAUCCGAACGUGGAGAACAAUCGUCGAUGCUCGAUGGAGCGGCGGAGACUGCAGGAGCGCGGCCGCUCGUUGGACGAGAUGUCGAGCGGGACGAAGAGACGAGACGCCGCGGGCUGUCUGGUCACCGCGAGUACCGACACUUUGAGCAACGCCUCGUCCCAGGAGUCGUUGCCCUCCGAUCGCGGCGGCGGCUCCAUCACCUAUCACCAGUACUAUCACGUCUUUCGGGAGGGCGAGCUGGAUCAGCUGAUCAACAAGUACGUCGAGAACCUGCAUAUCAUCUCAUCGUAUUACGACCACGCCAGCUGGUGCGUCGUCGCGGAGAAAGUGCAGGUCUGGACUAUAUGACUUCGGAUACGGAUCGUCGUGUGAAGGACCAGCGGCUGCUGCGACUCGUUCUCAGGCAGGCUCUUUACCAAGUUGUACACCGGGUGUCUCGAUAGGAGAUGUCAGCCAGAAGGGAUCAACUAGGUUCAACCUUAUGAAAAUUUGUAUCUACUUAGUUUUCACCUUUCAUUCGAGAAGUAGUUUCCCGGGACUGUUAAUUCAGAAAAAUGAAAAUCGCAACUCUAAGAAACUGGGAAUAUAACCAUUCUUGAAUCUUUUAAUUUUUAAUGUAUAACACAGUUCGCACCAUUUUAGGAUUUGAAUUACGAAACGAACGUGUCGGGGAGGACUCUUACUUUCGAGAUAAUGGUACUGAUCCCCUUUUUUGGGGCACACAAUACGUUGUUCCGGUGGGUGGAUUCAAUGCGGCUAAACGCGGGAAAUUUCGCGAUUCGAGUGCGAAGCUUACGACUCUAAAUUCGUAGAUCUAAGAGUCCAAGGAUCUCAAAUUUCAGGGGUCCAAGAAUCCAAGGAUUUAAAGGCUCAAGGAUUUCAUAAUAAUCCAAGUUAAUGAGUUUAAUCACAGGUUGACUUUCUAACGGUCUGUUCUCAAAAACUCUGCGACGACCUAUAUCGCUGUUGAAAUAUCGCUUUGCGCUCGUUGAACAUUCCUUUCACAUUUAUCUCAUUGCGAGGAGAUUUCUCUGUCCGUGAUGUCACUGAAGUGAUGUGAUGUAGGAAUAUAGCUUCAAACUACAUAAGAGAGAUUAAUGAUAUAAACGAACCAACAUAAUCGAUAUAUCAUGAAAUAUCCAACAGUAAAAGUAGGAAGCAUCCAAGCAAGUAAGAAAUGCUUAAAAAUAUUUUCUUUAGUUUUCGUUAACUCUGAUGCAAUAAUUCUUUUCAUGUCCGACUCGUCUGUAGCUGUAGCUUCACUUCAGGGACGUUUUGGACUGCCCAUCAUUUCAUUUAUCGCACAUCUUGAAACACGAUUGCAGAAAGCAUGACUCUUCGAGAAUACACACUACAAAAAAAAAAAAAAAAAAA